UCGUUCAUCAAAAUCCACAAAUUCACAAAAUCCACCUUUCACUAAACACUUUUGUGAUUCUAAUAAAAAAAAAUAACAUUUUGUUGUAAAACGAAUUUUAUAGUACUAGAAAUUUCCUUUUUAGGGAGAUGCAAAAAUUCAAUGAUCACACUGCUAUUUUGGUCGAUGUGUAAUAAAAAAGGAGACAAAUGCGGCGUGGAGGCCUUGUGUUUACAUGCAGCACAAGGAGGGCCACAUGACAUGACAUCAUGUAACUCUGUUUCACCUAGUCAGAGGAAAGAAAAAAGAUGACGCCGGAAAGCUUGUUAGCGUCGGCGUCGAUCAACAUAGGUCUCGCCGUCGUUGCACUCUGGCUCUUCUCUGUGCUUAAGAAGCAGCCCCGCAACGCCGUAGUCUACUACGCUCGCCGCCUCUCCGAUCGCCACCACCACCGUCCUCUGUCUCUACACUCUUCCCUUUGCCUCCCUCGAUUCCUCCCUUCCGUUGCGUGGAUCCCACGCGCCUUCCGUGUCCCCGAGGACGAGAUCCUCAGCCGCCACGGCCUUGAUGCCCUCGUCCUCAUCAGGCUCUUCAAAUUCGGAAUUAGAUUCUUCUUGUUGUGCUCGUUACUUGGAGCUUCACUGCUUCUUCCGGUUGAUUACUACAAUGAGUCAGAUUUACCAACACGAAAAGAGUAUUCAAUGGAUGCGUUCACAAUAUCAAAUAUCACACGAGGUUCUAACAAGUUGUGGGUGCAUUUCUCAUGCUUGUGGUUCAUUUCAUUCUAUGCAUUGUUUUUGUUGCAUAAGGAAUAUAAGGAGAUUCUUGUGAUAAGGCUUCAGCAAAUGAAAGAACUUAGACAUCGUGCUGACCAGUUCACUGUUCUAGUCCGCCAAGUUCCUCUCUGCCCUGAGCAUAACACUCGUGGCUGCACCGUUGAUCACUUCUUCUCUAAGCAUCAUCGCUUUAGUUAUCAUUCACAUCAGAUGUUGUAUGACGGGAGAGAUCUUGAAUACCUUUUGGGAAAACAGAAGAAGCUUAAAAAAGAGAUAGAAUACAAGAGACACAUAGACAUACUUUCGAAUGGAUCACAAGAACAUAAGCACAUAUCCACAUCUGAAGAAAAACUUCAAGAAAUUACCCAUAUGGUUUACCACCUUCAAAGUGAAACUAUGCUCAGAGAGAAGGAGUUACCUGUUGCGUUUGUCACCUUCAAAUCCCGAAGAAAUGCCGCGCUGGCAGCUCAAACACAGCAGCAUUCAAAUCCUCUAGAACUGAUAACCGAAAUGGCUCCUGAACCAAGAGAUGUAUCCUGGAGAAAUCUUGCUAUUCCACAAAAGAUUUUGCCUCUGAACAAGAUCGGAGUAAUCCUUGCAGCAGCACUUCUUACAAUCUUCUUUGCUAUUCCGGUCACAGCUGUGCAGGGAAUUGCAAAGUAUGAGAAGCUCAAGAAAUGGUUUCCUCCAGCCAUGGCUAUUGAAUUCAUACCAGGGCUUAGCUCAGUUGUGACAGGUUACCUCCCAAGUGCUAUACUCAAAGGUUUCAUGUACAUUAUUCCUUUCGCUAUGCUUGGACUUGCCUAUCUCGGCGGAUCUAUCUUCAAGAGUAAUGAGGAGAUAAAAGCUUGCAACAUGGUCUUCUAUUUUCUAAUGGGAAAUGUUUUCUUCUUAAGUCUUAUCUCUGGUUCCUUGCUAGAUGAAAUUGGCGAAUAUCUCACUCAUCCUAGAGACAUUCCUAGUCACCUUGCUGCCGCUGUUUCAGCCCAGGCAGAGUUUUUUAUGACAUACAUCUUGACAGAUGGGUUGUCUGGGUUUUCUUUGGAGAUUCUCCAAUUGGGACUUAUACUAUUUGAUAUCAUAAGAUCCUACACUUAUGGAAGAGGAAAAGAGAGAACUCCUUACCUCUUUUCAUUUCCAUAUUUCAGAGUAAUCCCCACAGUUUCCUUAUCGAUAAUGAUCGGUAUGAUUUAUGCUGUGGUCGCGCCAUUGAUGCUCCCUUUCCUAGUUGGUUAUUUCUGCCUUGGAUACAUUGUCUACUUCAAUCAGAUGGAGGAUGUAUACGAGACUACAUAUGAUACUUGCGGUCGAUUCUGGCCAUUCAUUCAUCAUUAUAUCUUUGUCUCAAUAAUACUAAUGCAAAUCACAAUGGUGGGUCUUUUUGGACUUAAGUCAAAGCCAUCUGCAGCAAUUGCUACAGUGCCUCUAAUAUUGAUCACUAUAGCUUAUAACGAGUACUGCAAGAUCCGCUUCCUCCCAUCAUUUAAACAUUUCCCUAUACAGACAGCAGUUGACAUAGACGAAGAAGAUGAAAAGAAUGGGGAGAUGGAAACACAUUGUGUUGAUGCUGCAUCGGCGUACAACCGGCAUCAACCUUGUUUAGAGCGUGUAAGCUCAGCGGAAGCACCAACAAACCUGAGCCAACCAUUGCUUGGAACGGACUCCAUAUGAGGCUAGGGAAUAUAUAGGGAUAAUGGAUGUCUGGGAUUUUGAAGCUUCUCCACGUACGUCCUCAUGUGUUGUCACUUUGGAUCGGCUAUAUUACAUAUAUGGCCAAAUGCUUAUAGAGAAAGACUAGUUAGAUUGAGAAUGUUUAAAUGCUUUUAUGCAAGUUGUUUACUUCUAAAUUAGUUUGGGUUAUUAUAUGUUUUUUUUUUUAACUUGUGUUUGAAAUAGUAACUUUCAGAGAAUUUAACAGAUUAGAUAAAUGUUUUCUUUAUUUUCAACUUCUGUUCCACUUCCUCUUAUGCUGCUUUCUCAGUCAUUAAUUAGUGGCAUUGUGUCGAACAUGUGGUGGGCAACAUAGCAUCUGCAUUUUUCGGAAGCUUGGAUUUCGGUUAUUCUCAUCCCGUACCUCACGAGAUCGUCUGCCUGUUGAAUUCCUCUCCUCUGCAUCACCUCUAUGAAUCACUUAUAUGAAUCGACAAUGUACUCUACCACAAUCGAUCCCAACCAUCACUUGCGACUUCCACCUGAAUCGGAGCAUCACCCAAGGGCCAAGAGGUUACAACCUCACAACUUGAAUUCACAUCUCUGGAAAGAUUCUAGAGGAAUGGUGGCAUGGUUAACUAACAUUAUGAUCAGGAUACAUGUGUUGUUGUCUUUCUCCUAUCUGUUGUAGUAUCCUCUUUUCUUGGGCCAAGCUUUUACAACCGCGGAUCAUCGAGACUUGCUUCCACUAAACAGUUCUCGUAGGUGUGUUGAUAAUCCCUCUCGAGCUUUUUGAGUCGCUUCUCUGCUUUGGAAACUGACAUGUGCACAACUGGAUCAGCGUCAGGUGACAUCUUGUCGCGGAACGGAAAAGUCAUAGCUUGAAUGAAGCAACCUAUCACAAUUGAUUAUCCAAACUCGUGCACCCCACGCCAAGCCAUCAGUGUAUUGCUCUUUGUUUUCUGCUUUCAGCUGCUGCAGUACCAUCUUUUCUUGUGCCAAGCUUUUACGACCGUGCAUCAAGAAGAAUUGCUUGCCCUAAACAAGUAUGGUUCACCCCGGGAACACAUGAAAAAUACAUGCUUGUCAAGAACAUUCUGCAGUUGCUCCACUACAUUUUUGCUGCGAACGAUACAGUAGCCAACCCAGCGACUGUGAUGUCCUGGAUGUUGUAAAACAAUGUGUGUUGAUAAUCUCGCUCGAGCUUUUCCAAUCGCUUCUUUGCUUCUGCAAAUGAUGAACGCCCAAAUGGGCCAAGGCAUGGCGACACUACGUUGCAGGAAAGUUUCUCGGAACUCGUUUUACUAUAGUUGCAUCCUAUACCAACAGGGAUGGAUAUUGUUUUGGAAGUAGAAGUUUCCUGACCAUCGGCUUCCAUAGCUUCUUCUGACUGUUAUAUGUAUUUUAGCAAGCAAGUUUUUAUAUGAAAGCCUUGACUCUUGUGUUGUUAUAUAAAGGAAUGAGGAAAAAUCAUUGUUAACAUAAAA